GACAUAAUGUUUUAUUUCAAAGUUCGGGUGGUAGUAAACGUUUAAACUGCUCGAAUGAUGAAGUGGUUAAUUCAUUUUGCACAAACUGCAAAAUGAAAUUCCAGCAUGGUCUUGAUUUAUAGCUGUGCCUUUACCGACUGAACUACAAGAAACCCUACAUCCACCCCAUAGCGAUAGUUGUAAACCACAGCGUCGUUGUCGUCGACAUACUAUGUCCUUGGAUACAGGGCAGCAUUGUUAUCGAAACGGUAACCAGGCUAGAAUAACAGGCUAGCUUGUCUUGAAGUCGGAAAAGCCGCUCAGCAAAGUUGUUGCUUGGCCCAGCAUUAGAUGUUCAUCCUUUCACCGGGCUAGACCCGUUCGCUCUGCUUUGUUCGGGUGAAAAAGAAAACAGGACUCGCAAAAUGGUCAGCAAAAAGGACGAGGAGGAAUUUGAAGCCUCGAUGAGCAAGGUGGACGAGGUGAUGAAGAUUCUCAACUUGAUGACCAGUGGCGACAAGGGCAAGGAACAAAUGGGCGUGACAUUCGCCGAACACUUCCUGGGCGAAGACAAAAAGGACCUGGAAAAGAUCGACGUCAACAACUUUAUCGUCCGGGUGAAUCAGGAACGAACCGUCAUCAACCGGAACAGUGAAGAUUCGUUGGAUAAACCGAUGGCUUCAGACAAGUUCGCUUUUAUGGCAGAAGUGGAGCGUGAUGCCGCUAGACGUGCCUCCGAGCGGAAGGAACGGGAACAAACGGCACAGGGCCUGAGACGGGCGGGGAAUCGGGCAUUUCGGCGAGGAGAGUUCGAGAAGGCAAUCAGCAUGUAUACGAAAGCCAUCGAUCAGAUUCGGGAUAGUCCUAUUUUAUAUAAUAAUCGAGCGUUGGCCUACAUCAAGAUUCAAAUGUGCAAGCGAGCGAUAAUUGAUUGUGAUUUUGUGAUCAGUAAGCUGGAUGAGAAGAAUUUGCGCUCGUGGAUCUACAGGGCCCAAGGGUACCAUUUGUUGGGGGAAAUGAGAGCCUACGAGAAAAGUGUAUCGGAGGCAAAAAAGCACAACCCGAAAGAGUGGGACUAUAUUGACCGGAUCGUGAUGGAAAUUGAAGGGAAGGCGUGUUCGGAGGUGGGAGCGACCGAUGAAUCCCUGGGAGCCAUGGGAGGUAGUGGAGAUAGUAAGGAUCGCACCUUGCCGAUGGACGAUGUGCAGUCAAAUUCUUCUAACGAGGUUUAGAGAGCAGUGUCAUUCCUAUUAACGAACGCAAUAAA